AUGAAGAAAACAUUCCCAGUACAGAGAUUUCUGAAAGUCAUCCAUGAGAGUCCUGCAGAGGGGAACAACCUGUUCGAGUCCUGCUCCUCAUCCAAAGGCAGCAACAUUGCAUUUUCUAUUUCCUACUUGCUUAAGUCCCUAGUAUUUCACAUAGCCCUGUGGCCUAACGUCUCUCGCAGGAAGCGGAAUGCUCUGAGAGGGAUUGCACCAAGACCUGGGGAUUUGUGGUCAAGCCGUCCAAAGUGCAGCCUCAUUGGAAGGCAGCAAAAUGCAGCACCAAUUGGGAAGCAAAAGCCCUCUUUCAUUGGCCAGUGGCUGCUCUGCCAGAGCCCUCAAUCUUCACAUAAAGAGGAGUGUUUGGGGCUGGGGAUCCUGCCGGAGAAGAGAGACAGAAGGCGGCGGUGCUCCUCCUCCUCCUCAGUGGUUCCUUGCAGAUCAGCAUUUCGCAUCCCGGCCGUGGCCAUGAGGAUCCUUUACCUGCUGCUGGCUGUGCUCUUUGUGGUGCUGCAGGGCGUUGCAGGUCAGCGCUACUUUCCUCAGCCUUUUGAUACUUGUAGGCUUCGAAAUGGAAUCUGCACUCGAGGAAUCUGUCGGAGGCCAUAUUACUGGAUUGGAACCUGUAACAAUGGAAUAGGCUCUUGCUGUGCAAGGGGCUGGAGGAACUGAUGACUCCCUGACUUCUCCUGGGAAAUCCUUCCUGCAUCUACCAACUGGCCUCUCUGGCACUCCAGUUCCAUCACACCUGCUGGCAACACAUCCUCCUGCAAAAACACACACAAAAAAAACAAAAAAAAGCAAGGGAAUGGCUUUUAAUACUUCCCUAUGCUCUGAAGCAAAUACUAUCACCUGUGAAAUCAUAAAUCUGAACCAGGCAGCAUCUCCAAAAAGGCUUCUUUUCUCGCUUCAAUACAAUAAAAUGACUAACACUGGCA